UACAUGAAAAAAAAAAAAACACCCCUUAGUGCAGGGUUAAAAAACUUUCCCCUUGAUGUCUUCUUUUAGCUUGCUCGGCAUGUUUCCAGCUUUUCUUGAUCACUUUUCUUUGCACGUACUAGCCCACUUCUCUACCCUCCCCCACCCCUACGACUCGCGCAUCGGUUGCAUAGCAACGAGUGUCUCGCUAGCGCAAGGCGCAUUCAAAGAUGGCGGAGAAGAAGUCUCGAUCGGCCAUUCGAAUAAAAUCUUCGGAGAGAGACAGGAAGAAAUCUGCAGCGAAACGGGACUCGGCAACAAAUCGAAACAAAGGCCAAUCAGAGGAAGAGGACAAAGAGUCACUAGCGUGGAAGGUCCUUUCAGAAGAACAGACUCAGACUCUGAAGGAACUUACUGUACAUGAGUUGGAAGUGAAACUUGCAGAACUACUAUCCAUUGAAAAUUAUCACAUCUCUCUACCUGAAGCUUGUGUACUGGAUUACUAUGUUGCAGGGUUUUGGUUUGCAAAAGAACAGAAUUUCACCCUUCAGCAAAUAUCUGCAUUUUUCACUCUUCUGAAGGAAAUGCUAGACAAUGUUAAAGAAAAACAAUUUUCAUUGGUUGACAGUAUACAAAAGUUCAAGUCACUUCUUGCAGGGAUUGGAGUUGAAAACUGUGCACUUAAUGGAGGCCUGGAAUGUUUUGAUGUGAAUCAGGCAAAGCUUAUAACAGAUUACUUUACUGAUAGUUUGUUCCAGCAUUACAAGUUGUACCAGUUUCUUUUCACUCAGAAGCCACAAGAGGAAGUUGUCAUAUCUGAGUUGGAAGUUGAAGUUCCCCCACUGGCUAGCAUUCCAUUUCCACCACCAUUAGAUGAAGGAAUGACUGAAGAAAUGUGGAGAGAGCAUGUGAUGACACCACCACAGUCACCCCAACCAGAGGAACAGAAAGAAGGAGAAAUGGACCAAGCAGGAGAAGAAGCCCUAUCAGAUAAUCUUGCUCAUGUCAAGGAUCAAGCUGCAGAGAACAUUUUAUCUUCUCUAGAACCCGCACAAGUCAAGGAUAUUUUGAGGAAAGUAGCUGAUGAAGUGUUGGGAAAUCUUCAGGCUGAAGUUGAGGCUCAGCUCAAGGAGAGAGAAACAGUGUUAGCUGCCAAGAUUGGAAAUCUGCAACCAAGAUACCAUGAUAAAUUAAUGAUUCAUACAUUUUUAAUUCUGUAAAUAAAGAAAUGGCUAAUUUGUAAAUAAGGUUUCUGAAUCAGUUAUAAAUCAAUGAACUGUUGGUUAGGAGCUAAAUACAGCUGCCUUUAUAGACAUAAAUCACUCAACAACUCAACAAAGAAUGUUACAAACAUGCCCAACAUUGUGUGUAAACUUUGCUCCUAGACAUUGAAGUGCCUAGGAAACUUAUUUUUUUUUCUAUUCUACAUCAAAAUAUAAUGACUCUUUAACAUGUUUUCACAACAUUUGUGGUAUUUUGCCCUUUUCUGAAUUUUUUAUGAAGCUCUAUAAUCUGCAGAUAAAAUGUCUGGCCGAGCAAAGAGGGACUGGGCACCAUGACAUCACAGUAGGAAUCUUGUGGAGAGAAAUAUUCUUCAUCAAGUCAGGGAUAUUCGAAAAACCCCAAACUACACAUUGAAAUGGCAUUUUUUGGCUAAAAAGAUUGUAAACAGUAGCUUCCACACUCACUUUGCUUCUUUGCUAAACUUGGUGUUACUAGCAUUACGUCACGGGUUCCAGUACUCUCCAAUGCGGCAAAAGAGAUACAGGGAGCCUAAGUUUGAUACAAUUUUGGACUUUUAUCACCUCGUAAAAUAAUAAAGACACAUCAGAAUCACCCACAAAUCUUUCCAGAAACCCUCUACAUACUUCUAUUUUUAUAAUUUAAUGCACUUUAAAUAAACUUGAAUUCAACAAAACGCUGAGAAAAAAUGUUCUAUGUAAACAUGGCACCUACAAAUAAACAUGACAGGGUUAAGUCCAA